CAAUUUCUAGUUUUUAAAGCAUGUAUGAGAGUAUUAAGAUAACAUUAUACGUUAUGUGUUUGUUUUCAUGUAGUGCUUAUUAUUCAGUGGUACUUGGAUGGUGUUUCUAUUUCCUCUUUUAUUACUUGGCCAAUGAUCUCCCUGAUACAUACGAGGAGAGCUCUAAAAUAUUCAAUGACUUCGCUUUGUAUUCUGAUUGGCCAGUUUUAUUCCACUUUUUGGCUAUAAGUUUUGCAGCAUUGUCGAUAGCAUGGGGAGUCAAGUCCAUUGAAAUGGUCAACACAGCCACUGUCCCAAUUUUCCUUGGUUUAAUUCUCUUCACAUUUAUCUGGUCUCUAACACUGGAUCAAGCUGCAGAAGGCAUAAAGUUCCUCUUCACUCCUGAUUGGGAUAUGCUUGCUGAUGCAAGGCUGUGGACUGAUGCAUUGAUUCAAAAUGGAUUUGAUGUCGGUGCAGGUUGGGGAUUGUUCCUCACUUAUGCCAUAUAUAUGAGAGCAGACAUAGCUUUAGUCCCCAUAGGUCUUUUUACUCCACUAGGAAAUAACAUUGUAAGCUUGACUUGCGGUAUGCUUACAUAUGCAACUGUCUUCUCCUCAAGACUACAGGCUAAUGACACAAUAGAGGAAAUUGUGGUUAUUCUGAAGGAAAACGGCCCUGCUAACACAGGAUUAACAUUUAUAUGGUUUCCAUUACUAUACAAUACUAUCAGUGGUGGCCGUGUAUUAGCUAUACUGUUUUUCUUCGCCUUGUCGUUGGCGGGAUUGAGCUCCAUGGUAGCUAAUGUUGAGUUAUUUGUUCACAAUGUUAAAGAUCUUGGAGUGGAGCGCUGGCAAGCCACUAUAGGCUGCAGUGUAGUGAUAUUUGUAAUAGGUGUUGGCUCUGCUGUCAAUCUCAACUUCCUACUUAAUCAAGAUUUUGUUUGGGGAUUUGCACUUAUUAUUUCUGGCACAAUGUUCCUAUAUAUGAUCUAUAGCUACGGUGUGAAGAAAUUUCGGGAUGACAUGUUUAAUACCUACAGCAUUGAUGACUGGAAACUGCCUGUGUUGUGGGAAUGGAUUGUCAAAUUUGUUGCUCCUCUAGAGGCUGCUGUACUGUUGGUGUGGUGGGCUUUUGAUACUAUAUCUAAUGAUGGUGAUCAUCCUUGGUAUGGCUUCUCUCCUGAGAGCUUCAUGUCAUGCAUGGUACAGUGGUUUGGUUUCAUGGUAAUUCUAAUUACCGUAAAUCUAUGUUAUGUACGAUAUUGGAGGCUGCCUCAAGGUGUAGAUGACAAGAGAGACAAUGUUGAUCUCCUACAAUCGGACACAGUAGAAGAAACGCUAUCAAACUCGCACUUAGAUCUGCACUCUAACUCGCAUUCAAACUAUGGUACAAUAUCAGAAGAAAAUUUAGAAGAAACCAAAUAUUAAAUGUAUUGGUAGUACAGUA